AUGGGGCUCCCAGAAGUCAGUCUGACGCUGGUCUCUGGGAGCCGAAGAGCAUCGGAUCGUAUUCGUUCCGGAUCCGCCGUCUCCUCGGAUGGCGCGGAGGCCAUGGAGGCGGAGCGAAGCGACAGCCGAAAACGCGGACGCUCAGGGGACGUGGAAACCGACACGUCCGGCGAAAUGAUGCCACCAAAGGUGGCAAGCAGUCGCCGAGGGAGGGCGCGUAAACCGGCCUCGGUCUCGACCCCGUCAGGCUCCGCGUUCUCAAACGCGGAGUCCUACAGGAGCGUGCGAGUGGACGGCGAGGCCGUAGCGGAGGAGGAGAUCGCGGAUCUCCUGCUCAAGGUUCGGGAGCCGGUGGGGGGAAAUGCCCCCCAGGCUCCCGUGUCCGUGCAGGAGAGGGCGAAAGCGGCGGUGGCCGUCAUCGACAAAGUGGCCACCAAAUCCGUGAACCUUAAGGGCUCGUUUGUGAGGGCCCUUAAGGACUCCUCCUCCGCUUUGUCGGAGGUCGUGGAGGGCCUAGCGGGCGACGUCUCUCGCCUGCAGGUGGCCAACGAGAGGCUGACGGAGCGGGUGAAUGAGCUGAGCGCUCAGUUCGCCCGCUUCCAGGCGAACCUCCCCGAGCGGGAAGCCCCGUCCGCGUCCCAGCCUGCCCCUACCACCAACUCAGGGGCAUUUGACUCCCAACUGCGAGAAAUCCUCAUCGCAGUUGGGAAUAUGCUGGACGGACGCCUGGCUGGCCUGGAGGCGAGACUGCCCCCUGCGCCGAGUAUGCGCCCCCCGCUCGCGUCGGCACAGCGGCCUAAGGCCGCCGCUCCGACCGCGCUCCCCGUUGUGGGAGGCCGCGUUUCCUACGCGGCGGCGGCGUCUGCCCCUACUCCAUCGGCUCCACAAAAGCCGAGGAGGGGGGCCAAGGCACCGGCCCAGGCGCCGGCCAAGGCACCGGCUAAGGCGCCGGCCAAGGCACAUCUCCAGGCGCCGGCCAAGACGGGGCCUAAAACAGCGCCGAGGAGCGGAGUGGCAUUCCCUCCGCUCCCCACUCCGACACCCCUGCCGGGCCCCUCCGCACCUGCCCCCUCCAACGAGGGUUGGCAGGAGGCGAGGGGCUCCAAGAAGUCCCGAAGGCGGGCCAAAAAGGCUGCCAAAAAAGCAGCCCAGGCCCAGCCUUCGCCACCGGUGGCAACGGCCUCCACAAAGAGGCCGCGGAAGCUGCAGCCGCCCAAAACCGCGGCUGUAGUGGUGACCGUGUCCCCGGAGGCGGCGGACGGCGGGCUGUCCUACGCGGCCGUCUUCAAAAAGGCCCGGGACAGCCUCGCCAACAAUUUUGGAACGGUGGGGGUCAGAAUGCGCCUCGCCCAGACGGGAGCUCGAGUCCUCGAGUUCCCUGGGGCUGAAGGCGCUAAGACGGCGGACACAUUUGCCGAGAAGCUGCGGGGACUCUUUACAGCCACGGAUGGUGUAAAGAUCGCCAGGCCUACUAAGUGCGCAGAGCUGCGCAUAUCGGGCCUGGACGACUCUGUGACGGCCGAAGAUGUCCGCGCUGUAAUCCGGGAGAAGAAGAAGGCGUCGGCCAAAGUAUUGGCCGACGCCGGCAGGCUGCUCAUCGGUUUCGUGAGCGCCAGGAUCACAGUCCUGGCGGCGAGACCGAUGAGAUGCUACAAAUGCCUGGCAUCGGGACACACGCGCGUCAAGUGCGACAGUUGUUUUGACUGCGGCGGACUGUGUUUCCGCUGCGGUCAACCGGGGCAUAAGGCGGCAGACUGCUCUGCCGCCCCUCACUGCCCAGUGUGUGCGGCGGGCAAUAAGCCCGCCAAUCACCAGAUGGGGCAGAGAGGCUGCAAGCCUCCCCGCAGUUCUCGGCAGACGUCGGGGGUUAGCCAGUCGACCCAGGCUGCCUCCGACGUAGUUCGUGCGUCGACGUCGUCGCCCAUGGAGGAGGUUGUAGAGACGAUCCAGUAA